CCCUGGCACCCUGGACCCGCAGAGGGCAGGCCGCGUUCCCCCGGCCUCAGGGCUCCAGGAAGGCGGAGGUCAAUGUCCUGCCUGUGCUCAUGAUGAAGAGGGACCUGGCUCUUGCGGGCACGCUGACUGGCCUGGCAUUCCUGUUGCUGCUGCCACCUGGAUGUCCUCAGCAGACGGUGGAUGACGCCUGCUCUGUGCAGAUUCUCGUCCCAGGCCUCAAAGGUAACACCGGGUCCACAUUAGAGCAGGGGCUUCCUGGUCAGCCAGGAGAUGYGGGGCCCCCGGGAUCCCGAGGAGACAUGGGGGACAAAGGACAGAAAGGCAGUGUGGGUCGCCAUGGAAAAAUCGGUCCCAUUGGUGCUAAAGGUCAAAAAGGAGAUUCUGGUGAUAUGGGACCCCCUGGCCCUAACGGAGAGCCAGGUAUCCCCUGUGAGUGCAGCCAGCUGAGAAAGGCCAUUGGAGAGAUGGACAACCAGGUCGCGCAGCUGACCACGGAGUUAAAAUUCAUAAAAAAUGCUGUCGCUGGUGUGCGGGAGACGGACAGCAAGAUCUACCUGCUGGUGAAGGAGGAGAAGCGGUACGCYGACGCCCAGCUGUCCUGCCAGGGCCGGGGCGGCACGCUGAGCAUGCCCAAGGACGAGGCCGCCAAUGGCCUCAUGGCCGCCUACCUGGCCCAGGCGGGCCUGGCCCGAGUCUUCAUCGGCAUCAAUGACCUGGAGAGAGAGGGGGCCUUCGUGUACUCGGACCGGUCCCCCAUGCAGACCUUCAACAAGUGGCGCAGYGGGGAGCCCAACAACGCCUACGACGAGGAGGACUGUGUGGAGAUGGUGGCCUCGGGGGGCUGGAACGACGUGGCCUGCCACACCACCAUGUACUUCAUGUGCGAGUUUGACAAGGAGAACGUGUGAGCGCCCGCCAGGCCUGCCCGGUCCUGCUGCCCGGUCGGCAGGCGGCUCCCAUGGAUGGUGCCCCCAGCCAGCGGUCCCCGGUGUGGGAGGGUCUCUGGGCACAGCAUGCUCCCCCCCCACCCCGGGAAUGCAGGGGCUCCUGGCUGUGGGGCAUCUGAACCUCAGAGAASGCAGGGAGCUGGACAGGAGGCUGGGGGCUCCCUGCUGUGCCGCAGCCCACACUUCACUGUGGAGGGCGCUCRGAAGGCUCUGGCCUUGGUCCAAUAGUCAAGGUCGCCCUUCACUAUCUCAGUAGGUAGGUGCCGACGAGGGCGGUGGGUCUGGAAUGACCUAGGCCUUUUCAUUCCUGUGUGGAAGGGAGCCCUCAUCCAGGGCCUGGGUUUCCAUAGUUAGACUAAAAUGUAGGUCCCUUGGCACUUGUUAUCCAAGUAGAAGCCACUUGCUUUGCUUCAAACCCAGA